GCAAAUUUCAACAAAUUUUACACCUUCAUUUUCACACCUGAAACAGUGAAACUGGACAACAUCAUUCCUGCUUAUCCUACACCUUUGACAUUCACUGAAGGUUGGGUAUUUGAAUCCACUGGCAUCAUGUUUCGAACAAAAUAUUUAAAUUUCCGACAAAAUCAUAUGGUAAGCCUUAAUGUUUCUUUCAAAAAUGUGCCAUUUUUACCUGGUUCAGAAAUAGAUGUUUCUGAAAAUAAACUGGAAUUUAUCCAUCCAAGAUGUAUAGAUCCUGGGAAAAACAUACGUAAAAUUAAUCUGUCUGAAAAUAAACUGUACAAGAUGCAGCAGAAUCAUCAAGAUCAAUUUAGUCAAUUUUUACAAACAUACAUCGACCUUGAAGACCUAGACCUUUCUUCAAAUGGACUAGGUAACAUACCAUACGGAAUGUUUCAGCAAAAUGUAAAAUUGCAAAGAAUCAAUUUGGAGAAAAAUUAUUUGAGAACCAUACAAUUUAACCUAGAACCUUUGGUGCAUUUACAAUACAUCGAUUUAAGCAACAACAUUUUGGUCAAUCUGGAUGAAAAAGUUCAAAGGCAGUUUGACACUUUAGUACUGCACCUUAGGCCACAACUGAAGACUGGAAACUUUACUGUGGCUCUCAAUGGCAAUAAUUUUACAUGUGAUUGUAAAGAAACUGAGUUUGCUUCAUGGAUUAAAAACUCAAACUAUCUCAUAGGAACCAACUACUAUUGUUCAUUCAAUGGUCAGCUUUACAAUCUGAAAGGAGAUGCGAUCAAUGAAGUACAAAAUGUCUGUAAGCAUCGUCUUAUCAGAAAAAUUUCUAUAAUCGUUUCAUGUGUCAUUGCAAGUGUUAUCUGCGUACUGAUUAUAAUUUUCAUCUUUUUUCAUCGUUACAAAAAGCGACGCAUGAAAAUCAUGAAGAUUUUAAAUCAGUUAAAAAGGAAUCAUCCUGAUCAAGAUUUUCUUGUGUUUCUGUCAUACUGUUCAGAAGAUUCAAAUUUAGUAAAUCAACAAAUUUAUCCCAAACUUAAUAAUGAGAUUUGCAGGAGGGUUGGCAAACACGGGACAUACGUCUGCAUUGAUGAGCAUCAUUUCAGACCUGGGUUUCCGAUAGUAACUGAAAUAAUGUCUAAUAUAGAGAAAUCUUGUGUCAUGAUUUGUAUAAUCUCUCAGGCUUUCUGUGAUAAGACAUGGUGUCAAAUGGAAGUAGAGGAAGCGUACAAUUUACGCAAGCCUAUCAUACUACUGAUAAAAGAAAAAAUAAAUGAAGCGAACCUACCAAAACUCAUGUCACGAUUAUUUCAGAGAAAUACACGAGCUAGUGUGAGAAAGGGAAAGGAUGGUCAAUAUGAAGUACAUCCACCAUGGGAAGUAUUAUGUUCUUCUAUUCUCGAUCUGGCUGCUGGAUCUAAUGCACAAACUGAUGUGGAAAAAGGACUUUCUAGGAGAACGUCUGUGGCCCAGUCAAAGUAUGAUACAAGAACUACAAGAACUUCAGUUGUUACGACAACCAACUCAGUAAGAGAAAAGUCCUCUGAUCCAGUAAAUUCAUAACAAGCCCAGCAAGGAAGACUUACAGCUCUGAGAGAUGGACUGUAUAUAUCAGAGGCAUAGUUAAGACUCUUAAGAGAUGGCCUGUAUAUAUCAGAGGUGUAGUUAAGACCCUUAAGAGAUGGACUGUAUAGAUCAGAGGUGUAGUCAGACUCUAAGAGAUGGACUGUAUAUACCAGAGGUGUAGUUAGACUCUUAAGAGAUUGACUGUAUAUAUCAGAGGUGUAGUUAGACUCUGGGAAAUGGACAGUAUAUAUCAGAGGUGUAGUUGUCUCUAAAAGAUGGACUGUAUAUAUCAGAGGUGUAGUUAGACUAAGAGAUGGACUGCUUAUAUCAGAGGUGUAGUUAGACUCUGAGAGAUGGACUGUGCAUAUCAGAGGUGUAGUUAGACUUUAAGAGAUGGACUGUAUAUAUCAGAGGUGUAGUUAAGACUCUAAGAGAUGGAUUGUUUAUAUCAGAGGUGUAGUUAGACCUGAACAUUAUAUGCAAGCCCAACAGAACUAGGCAUAAAUCAUAAAAUUAAUGCAGCUCUACAUACACAAUUAUCUAAUAUCAAAAGUUUAUACAUGCAACAUUUGAAGUAAAUAACUCAAGAUAAAAUAUUUCAGUGAAAUAUGGGCUUUCGAUAUCUAUGACUUACAAAUACAGGCUCUUUGCAAAUAAAGAAUUUUUGCUUUCCCAAGCAAGGCCUUUAUGUACUUGAGAAGAGUGAUUUUUAUCAUGUCAUACAGUAGCAAAGACCACAUUAUAUGAAAUGUAUGGCCCCUAGUGCAAAUCUAGACGUGCUGGGUAUGCCUUAAAGUACAAAUACAGUCAAAACUGUAUCAAGCAGCCUGCCAAGAGAGAGACACACUAUGUCUGCUUCAAGACAAGUUGAAAUAGGAACAUAUUGUCCAUUUAGGAAGGUAAUUGACUGACUGCUUGAGACAGGUUACUGCUGAAUACAGGUGACCAUUAUGGCAGGUUCAACAGUACUGUACUAGAAAUUUUGCUGGAUAAAUUUACAGUUAUCAUCAUCUUCGUAUUUACUACAAAAUCAUAUGAUUUUAUUAGCAUAAAUUUUAGUGACUUUUGCUUAAAUAGCUACUGUGAACUUCAUCUGCAAACUUAUUCAGUAAUUCUCUUUUCAGUAUAGUUUUAAAAACAUAGAAUAAUAGCUAUCCUACCCUGUAGAAACAAAGCGUGGCCUAAACUCAACUUAAUACAUCAAUUACUUUAAUUGCAUACUACUACCUUGAUUUAAUAGCAUAUUUAGACAUUAACACAUUGUCUUGGCCUUAUACAGGGUGUUUCAUAAUAUCUUUCGCUGUUUUAAAUUUUUCAAAAUAUGGAAUGUACUUUAAAUGAAAGUCACUAAGCGAUAGGAGAUAUAAUAAAGUUUUAUUUGAUACAUAACAUCAGCAGGUUUACUUAAAAUGCUCACCUCAAUGUCCUUUCAAAGAAAACAAUCAGUUUUACAACAUGUGCUCAAGAUGACGUCCUCUCUCAAGAUCUGACUGCUUUCGGUCGGCCCGUGUUACCAUGUCGUCUGUCAAUCUGUGCACUUGCAUCUUGCUAAGUUUCUCAUCCUCAGGAUCACAUUUGCAUUGGUCUAAUGACUGUGACCGGUGAAUAACCCUCAUAAUACAGCUUAACUACUUCUGUGCAUUUUUCUAUGGGCAGUGCCAUCUUGAAAAUAUGACUUGUUUUGAUGAUGUUGUUUAUGACGUCAUGACGUCAACGUUUUUCCAUUAUUUUUUACAUUACGUAAAACUUCAUUCUGUCUCCUUUAGAAUAUUAUAUAAUAUGACUGCGUUAUGUGUUACAUAUACGUUUUAUAUUAGCUUGUAACGGUAACAAAUAUUAUGAAACACCCUGUAUAUGCUACUGCCAACUUGUAACUAGAUAUUUGUUAUGUCUUAAUUUUUUCAUGCAAACCGUGUUUGAUUACCAUCUUGGAAAUACAAAAGAAUACAGAUAUUUUAUGGCACGUCUUUAACUGCGUUAUUGAGGAAGUCGGAUAUCAUCAUCUAUUCCUUGUAGCCAUAAAAUAUAUUUUCCAUGUUUUAUGCUUAUUACAACAUUUACAUAAAUGAAAGUGUUUGAAAAAUAAGGACAUUUCGGACAUUUUAUACAUUGUUUCAGGCAAAACCAUGUUGAUUUUGAUAGUCUUGACCUUAAACUUCUACAUAACCUAUGGAGAGGAUACUUGUCCUUUGACCUGCAAAUGUACAGGUCACAUUCUACACUGUAAUGACAGGAGGACACAAGUGAAAAUUCCAAAUAAUACAACAGAAGUUCAUAUAACAGGUUUUGAGCCUAGACCAGGUGGAGAGCAUCCGUUUUCCGAUCCAAGUUGGUCAAAUGUCCUGAAACUUGAGCUGACGCUGCAGUACCCUAGCACUGUCAAUUACAUUGCCAAUUCUUUAUUUUCGGGACUUACACAGCUACAGUACCUUGGAAUACAUGGAAUUAACACUGCUACAAAUACUUCAAAAAUGAAAAUGAAUAGCUAUUCCUUUGUAGGAUUAGACAAACUAACAACACUGAAUCUUUCUGGAAACCCAUCUCUUGAUUUAUGGCAGGUGACACACAGUCUGCAAUUUGAUUUCAUUUUACCAAAGCUUCAACAUGUGAUAAUAUCGCAACUUCAAAAUUUAGAUACUGAACCAAUACUUUAUUCUCAUAUGGAUGAUUUUGUUGCCACUUUACCACCAAGACCAAUUAAAACAUUAAUAAUGGAUAAAAUAAAUAUGGAUUUAAACAUGCCAUAUAUAUCAGAGCUAUGUCUAACUUUGGAACAACUUCUCAUAAGAAAUGCUUAUAUUGGCAGUGUAUACAAUCAACAGAACUUUGUGUGUUCGAAUCUGAAAGUGUUGGACAUAACAAAUUCAACUGUUCCCUUUCUGCAAGCACUCAUGAAAAUACGCUUUCCACCUUCUGCCGGCCAUGUAGCGAAUUUCAACAAAUUUUACACUUCCAUUUUCACACCUGAAACGGUAAAACUGGACAACAUCAUUCCUGCUUAUCCUACACCUUUGACAUUCACUGAAGGUUGGGUAUUUGAAUCCAAUGGAAUCAUGUUUCGCACAAAAUAUCUAAAUUUCCGACAAAAUCACAUGGUAAGCCUCAAUGUUUCUUUCAAAAAUGUUCCAUUUUUACCUGGUUCGGAAAUAGAUGUUUCUGAAAAUAAACUGGAAUUUAUCCAUCCAAGAUGUAUAGAUCCUGGGAAAAACAUACGUAAAAUUAAUCUGUCUGGAAAUAAACUGUACAAGAUGGAGCAGAAUCAUCAAGAUCAAUUUAGUCAAUUUUUACAAACAUACAUCGACCUUGAAGACCUAGACCUUUCUUCAAAUGGACUAAGUAACAUACCAUAUGGAAUGUUUCAGCAAAACAUAAAAUUGCAAAGAAUCAAUUUGGAGAAUAAUUAUUUGAGAACCAUACAUUUUAACCUAAAACCUUUGGUGCAUUUACAAUACAUAGAUUUAAGCAACAACAUUUUGGUCAAUCUGGAUGGAAAAGUUCAACGGCAGUUUGAUACCUUAGCACUGCACUUUCGACUGAAGACUGACAACUUUACUGUGGCUCUCAACGGCAAUAAUUUCACAUGUGAUUGUCAAGAAACUGAAUUUGCUUCAUGGAUUAGAAACUCAAACUAUCUCAUAGGAACCAACUACUACUGUUCAUUCAAUGGUCAACUUUACAAUCUGAAAGGAGAUGCGAUCAAUGAAGUACAAAAUGUCUGUAAGCAUCGUCUUAUUAGAAGAAUUUCUAUUAUUGUUUCAUGUGUCAUUGCAAGUGUUAUCUGCAUAUUAGUUAUAAUUUUCAUCCUUUUUCGUCGUUACAAAAAGCGACGUAUAAAAAUCAUGAAGAUUUUAAAUCAGUUAAAAAGGAAUCAUCCUGAUCAAGAUUUUCUUGUGUUUCUGUCAUACUGUUCAGAAGAUUCAAAUUUCGCAAAUCAACAAAUUUAUCCCAAACUUAAUGGUGAGAUUUGCAGGAGGGUUGGCAAACAUGGGACAUAUGUCUGCAUUGACGAGCAUCAUUUCAGACCUGGGUUUCCGAUAGUAACUGAAAUAAUGUCGAAUAUAGAAAAAUCCUGUGUCAUGAUCUGUAUAACCUCUCAGCCUUUCUGUGAUAAGAUAUGGUGUCAAAUGGAAGUAGAGGAAGCAUACAAUUUACGGAAGCCUAUCAUACUAUUGAUAAAAGAAGAAAUAAAUGAAGCGAACCUACCCAAACUCAUGUCAAGAUUAUUUCAAAGAAAUACCCGAGCUAGAGUGAGAAAGGGAAAGGAUGGUAAAUAUGAAGUACAUCCACCAUGGGAAGUAUUAUGUUCUUCUAUUCUCGAUCUGGCUGCUGGAUCUAAUGCACAAACUGAUGUGGAAAAAGGACUUUCUAGGAGAACUUCUGUUGUCCAGUCAAAGUAUGAUACAAGAUCCUCAGUUGUUACAACAACUAACUCAUUAAAAGAAAAGUCUUCUCUUCCAGUAAAUACAUAACAAGUCCAACAAGGAAGUCUUACGGCUCUAACAGAAGGACUGAUAAUAUCAAGAGGUGUAGCUAGACAGAAUUUUGUGCAACCCUGACAUGUCAAGAGGUACUGACGGCAUGCUCCUCAGUGAAAAUGUUUUGCCUAGACUACCUCCAAGAGCAUUUUUCUAUGUAUAUAGGACUUACAAAACAUGUGUUGAAAACACCAUUUCCAAAAUUGUGCAAGCUUGUGCCAACAGUGUGUAUAAGGAGUUAUACCAGUGCAUAUGACAUAAAAACUUGACUGAAAUGGCUGUAACAUAAAGCUCUGGUAUUUUUUGCUAUCCUUACAUUUAGGUUAUACUAGACUCAAAUUUCACGUUUGAAAAUACAAAAAAUUAUUACCUACAGUUUAUGUAAAUAUAAGAUUUAAGAUUGAUGUGUAUUAACAGUACAAAACACAAGAAUUUGUAACAGAGUUACCAACGUCCCCCACCUACGGACAUUUUUCACAAAACAUUCUGCAUGCCAAUAAGCAUCUUGGCAUGAACAAAAAAUAACAAGAGUGCCAGAAUGUCACACUAUACGCCCGUCAUGAAGAUGUUACAGUAAACAUAUUCUGUAUAAGUUUGGUAGACAGAAAGCCAAAUCAAUGGCAAACUGUAAGUGUAUUAAUAUUAGCGGAGUACUAAUUUUCUUCACUAGAAAAACUGGAGGUUUUUUUUAACAAAUUGUAUGACAUUUAAUCAUAAAUGCAGCUCUACAUACACAAUUAUCUAAUAUCAACAGUUUAUACAUGCAACAUUUGAAGUAAAUAACUAUAGAUAAAAUAUUUGAGUGAAAAUGGGCUUUCGAUAUCUAUGACUUUUUGCUUAAAUAGCUACUGUGAAAUCAUUAACAACAAGAGCUUGUAGAACACGAAAUGCCCCCCUUGAUGCAUUCAGUAAUUGCACAAGGAACAGAAACUAUUUGGUCACUGUGACCUUGACCUUUGACCUACUCACCUCAAAAUCAAUAGAGGUCAUCUGCUGGUCAUGAUCAACAUCCCUAUUAAGUUUUGUGAUCCUAGGCCCAAGCAUUCUCAAGUUAUACAUGUAGUCCAGAAACUGUUUAAUUGUUCCGGGUCACUGUGUCCUUGACUUUUGACCUACUGACCUCAAAAUCAAUAGAGGUCAUCUGCUGGUCAUGGCCAACCUCCCUAUUAACUUUCAUAAUCCUAGGUCCAAGCAUUCUUGAGUUAUCGUCUUGAAGCCCUUUAACUGUUCCUGGUCACUGUGACCUUGACCUAAGAGAUACUGACCUCAAAAUUAUUAGGUGUCAUCUGCUGGACAUGGCCAACCUCCCUAUCAACUUUCAUGAUCCUAGCCCCAAGCGUUCUUCAGUUAUCAUCCGGAAAUGGUUUACUAUUCCAGGUCACUGUGACCCUGACCUAUAACCUACUGACCUCAAAAUCAAUAGGGGUCAUCUACUGGUCAUGAUCAACCUCCCUAUCAACUUUCAUGAUUCUAGGCCCAAGUGUUCUUGAGUUAUCAUCCGGAAACCAUCUGGUCUACGGAACCACCGACAUACCGACCGACCUAACGACCAACAUCUGCAAUAUAUCCCACUUUCUUCAAAGGGGGGCAUAAUAACAGGAGAUUAAUUCUGUGGAUUUGCUGGUUGGGAUACUGGGAAAGUAAAUCACAAUGAACACAAUUUCUUUGCGUGGUAGUAUUACUUCUACGUUUAUCGGUGUUAACAACAAAUUUUCAUUUACAUAUUGAAAUAUUAUAUGAUUUAUAUACUUCUUUACAGUUAUCAUUCAUUGUGCACACAGUCUAUGAUGGGAAAGUGAAUGCAUGCAAUUUUAAUCUUACAAAGGGUUUCAAAUAUCAUAUUUAGCAUUCCAAUUCAUGGAGUUUUAUUAAUAUUCAGGAAGUUAGAAUUUAUUUUAGGGUUCAAAAAGUUAUGUGCAAAUUGCAGGUUAGAGAAAAGGAAGAAACUAAUUUCAAACAGGAGGGUGAUGACGACCCUAUAUUGUUCACCUGACACAAAUGGAUACAAUGAUUUCUUGGUAGAAGACCUCUACACAAAGCUAUCCCUAUGCCAAAUAUAUAAGCUCUGGGCCUUCAUGCUUUAGAAAAAAAAAGUUUGUUUUUCUUAAUAUGUCUAUGUAAAACAAGUGACCCCACAUUGACUGGGCCAAUUUUGCCCCCACGGGCAUGACUAUCAUAAACUUGGUAGAGGACCACUACACAAUGCUACACAUCAAAUACCCAAGCUCAGUGCAUUACUGUUUUAGUGCAAAGGAAUUUUAAAAUUGGAAGUCUAUGUAAAACAAGAGGUGCCUCAAAACAACAUGCUCUACUAUUCAAAGGCUUGCCAGUAAAAUGAACUUCCUAUCUAAGAAUAGGUAUAAAAUAUCAGAUUUUUCAUAAAGCCCAGGACUAUAUGACUAAUGUUUCCAGGAACUGGAAAGUAGGUCAAUGAUAAAACUUAUUAGUGCAAACACAACGGAGAUGGAAUAGUGUCUUCUUUAUAUCAGGCUGAUCAGGAAGGAAAACAAUUAUGAGAUAAUUUUGAUUUCACUUAUUUUAUAAGUAUGCCUGUUUUUGUUAGACUGUUGGGAACACAUAAUACCCAACAAACUUCUGCAGGUGUUCCUCAAGGCUCUGUUCUAGGUCCAGUACUGUUUAUACUAUAUAUCAAUAAGCCACCACUGCACACAAACAAUUUGUCUAAUGACAUGUUUGCAGAUGAUACGACAAUGUCUGAAUUUGGUAAAACAGUAAUGGAGGUACCUUAUACACUGCAGACCAACAUUUACAUUGUUGAUGAAGAGUGCAAAGGCAACUCUAUGCUUCCAAACAUAUCGAAAACUAAAGCUAUGUAUAUCACUGCUUCCUAUAACAACAACAAAAUAAAAGAUCACACAAAAUCUAAUAAUAUUCAAAUGCAGGGUCUACCACUAUCAUACUCAUCAAAUGAGAAAUUAUUAGGAAUUCAUGUUGAUGAACACCUAAACUGGAAAUGUCAAGUUGAACAAACCCUAAAAAAUGUAAUACCAAUUUAUAUCUUCUCUUACGAAUAAAACUUUACCUAAUCUUACAUUCACAUUUACAAUGCCUGCAUUCUACCAUACCUUGAUUUCUGCUGUACUAUUUGGGGAAACUGCAAUGAUUAGCAGAAAAUUCUGUCUACCAAAUUCUUAAAAUUUCCUAAAUAAUAUGCAGACUAUUAAUGUAUGUCGUUAACUUUUCUUUCAAUAUUUUGUUUGUUUAUAUGAUUUUAUUUCAUUUCAGAUUGAAUUUGUUGCAAUAGUAGUUAUCAUUAAUUCAAUAACUUUGUCAUGUUUCUGUAAUAUUUUUUCCUUAUUCAAUGUGUAUAAUGCAUUCAUUUUCAGUGUUAAUGUUGUGAUUAUAUUAUACCUAGUAUGUCAUUCAUUGUUUAUAAAUCAAGUUUAUUGUACUUGUACAUAUUUAUACAGUGGACCAUUUUGUAAAUUGGCUCUAUAAAUAAAGUUGUUACUUACUUACUUAUUUUACUUAUAACUGAUUUCACUAUCCUGUACAAGUUUUAACUUGACAACAAAGCAUGGCAUUAUUUCCAGAAGAGUUUUAUCAGCAGGGUAGUGUCAUUAUUUCAACAAAGCACAAAAAGACACAGACACAUAGGGUUCGGACAGGCCAGGUAAGUGGCUCUGAACCCUAUGAAACCUCUUAAAGGGUUCUAACCUGGAUUUUGUUACAGCCGGGCUCUCUGGAAUUAUAGCCAGGCACAUAAUUAACAGUUUAUUGCAAUUAAGUAUAUAGUUCAUUUAAGUAUAUUGAGACAAAAAAUAAGUUAUAGGGAAGAUAUGAAAGGGUUCAUGAAAAUGUAAAACAGCCAUUUAUAUAUUUAUUUA